AUGGCUUUGAACAUCGUCGGAGCCAGCAUCGACGAGCUCCAAACCGCUCUAUCCACCGGCUCAACCACUUCCGUGGAACUAGUAACGAAAUAUCUCCUACGAAUCUUCACCUACGACUGUCGAGGCCCAUGCCUAAACUCAAUUCCAAUCCUCAACCCCGACAUCUUCGAGGAAGCAGCCGCCAGCGAUGCCCGACGUCGAGCCGGGAAGGCUCUGGGCCCGCUCGAUGGCAUUCCGUACACGAUCAAGGAUAGCAUGAAGUAUGCUGGCAUGACUUGUGCUACUGGAUCGCCUGCUGUCAAGGACCUGGUGGCUAAUGAGGACUCGUUUGUCACUGAGCAGCUGCGCAAGGCGGGCGCGGUGUGUAUUGGGAGGACGAAUACGCCUCCCUUCAUGGCUUCGGGGAUGCAUAGGGGUUUGCAUGGGCGGGCGGAGAGUCCGUAUAAUUUGGAUUAUCUGACUGCAGCCUUCUCAUCUGGUUCUUCCAACGGGUCUGGAACUUCAACAGCAGCCAGUUUCGCUGCCUUUGGUCUGGGCUCAGAGACGGUCAGCUCGGGGCGCUCACCGGCGUCCAACAACGCUCUGGUGGCUUACACGCCUUCCCGAAACAUGAUCUCACCUCGAGGGAUCUGGCCGUUGUAUCCCACAUGCGAUGUUGUAGUGCCUCACACUCGCACUGUCUCCGACAUGGCCGCAAUACUGGACGUGCUCACGCGCAAAGACUCCAGAGGUGACGGUGACUUUUGGCGUGAACAGACACAUGUCAGACUCACCGAUGUAGCGCGGCCCGACAACUUUCUCAAAGCCAUUGAGGGAAGCGACGCUGUUUUCUCGGGUCUGCGUGUCGCCGUGCCCAAGAUGUACAUCGGCGGCCACGACUCCAAAGCAAAACCAACAACAGUAUCGCCAGAUGUCAUCGAGCUAUAUCGUCAAGCGAAGAAAGAUCUCGAGGCCUUGGGCGCGACAGUCAUCGAGACAGACUUCCCGCUCGUGACAAACUACGAAGACGACUCAAUCACCGGCGAAACGAACAACGUCCAAGGCUUCCAACCCGGGUGGAAUGGCAAAGAGCGUGGUGAACUCGUAGCAUACCUGUGGGACGACUUUUUGAAAUCAAACGGCGACCCAAACUAUCCCGAUCUGGCCAGCUUAGACGGCUACCAGAUGUUUCCCAGGCCGACAGAGUACGUUCCCGAUCGAUACAUGGAACACAAGAACUUCAUGAACUAUCCCGGACUGGUCGAGAUCGCACGUAAGCGGAAUGGCAAGUCGAUCUGGGAGAUCGAUGGCAUUGAGGCAGCCCUUCCUGCUUUGGAGGCCCAGCGGAAACGCGAUUUUGAGGACUGGAUGGACGAAUUGGGCAUUAGUGUUGUCGCCUUUCCGGCGAACGGUGAUGUUGGCAAAGCAGAUCUUGAGCACAAUGAUGAGAGCGCCAAGCUUGCGUUGCAAAAUGGUGUCAAGUACAGUAACGGGAAUCGUGCGCUUCGGCACAUGGGCGUUCCCACGGUAUCAGUCUGCAUGGGCAUUCUGAAGGAAUCCAAAAUGCCACUGAACCUCACUUUCGCCGCGAAGCAUGGCCAAGAUGUCGACCUCCUUAAGUACGCCUACGCCUUCGAGAAGCAGACACAGCAUCGAAUUGAGCCUCCUGUCGUGCCUCCGCUCCCUUCAGAUACACUUGCCCCCAGCAACCCUGUCGAUCGCCAACCGGCCUCCUCCGACCUCCCUCGGAUUAUUGUACAUUCUGCGAAAAAGAUUGGUGUAUCGCGGAUUCGGAUUGACGGCGGACUGGAGAAUGCCAGAGCAUCAUCAGUACAGGUCGAAGCUUACGUCGAUGGGAAGGGAGUUGAGGUUGGAGUUUCCGACUCGAGCUGGUCGAUCGAAACGGACUUCGUACCCUUCGAGCCCGCAAAGCCACUGUAUGGUGGUGUCGGAUCAGUCGUGGGCAACGUGAACGUUAUUGUGCUUACACGCACUGAAGGCCAUGUUAUCGGCGAGCUCAUAACGAUCCCGCAGAACGAUUGA